AUGACCAGCCCCGAGCCAGCCCCCGAGACCCUCGAGCCCGACGGCCCCACCUGGCCCGCUCAGCCCAUGUACAGCAACCUCGGUGAGGUCCGUGCCCACCUGCUGCCCUCCAAAGCCUGCCGCCCCCGGACCCCUGGGUCCCCCUCCCGGGACCCCCAGCCCCUGCCCCCACCCCUGCCCAAGAAGACUUUAAUCCGGACGCAGUCUCUGCCCACCCACGGGGCCCCCACCCCCGGCUCUGCCAGGGCACAGCAGCCUCGGCAGCUCCUUCUAGGGUCCCACAGUGUGGACGAGACCCAGGCCGAGGCCGGGCCAGCCUGUCCCCCUGCAGAGCUGACCUUCAGCAUGCCCGACGCCACAUUCAGCCUCUUGCUCCGAGACCUGCGCAGCCCGGAGGCCGUGCACGCUGCGCUGGCCGCCCGGCAGCUGGAGGGCCUCCGUGUCAUCCGCGCCCUGCUCCGGGCCCGGCUCAUGGGGGGCCACCCUGGCCCCUGCUGCCCUGGUGACAGCUUCCGCCUCCUGAGCAGCUCACCCUGUGUGGAGAGCGGGGACGCCCUGUACUACCGGGUGGUGCGGAUGCACGAGGAGACGUGGCACGUCCUGGCCGCCAAGAGGGCCAGGAACCUGCUUUUUUCCCGGACGCGCGGCGCGCUGCAGGCGCUGCUCUGGGGGCCGGGGCCGGAGCUGCGCGGCCGUGGAGCCCCGCUCGGGCCCUGGCUGCGGGCUCGCCGCGCGCUGCUGGUCCUGCACCUGGCCGAGCGGGCUGCGGGUGGAGGAGCGCCCGGCCUGGAGGACUGGCUGUGCUGUGAAUACUUGGCCGAGGCCACCGAGGCCUUGCUGAGCCAGGCCCUGGUGCUGCUGUGGGACUGA